CAGACCGUGAUGUAAACCGGAAGUUGAAUGUAGGAGCUUCCGACAGUGCUUGUGGAUUCCUGCUGGAGGUCACUUUGCUUUAAAAGCAGAUAUGGGUGGAGAUCAUGGACACGCUCACGGUAAAACCCCCCUGCCGGACUACAGACAGUGGAAGUGGGAAGGGACGCCGCUGGAGGUCGUGCAGAAGAAACUGGCUGGCAAAGGACUGAGAGACCCCUGGGCUCGGAAUGAAGCAUGGAGGUACAAGAGCACCUUCAGCAUCCCCAUCUCCCUCAAAGACGUGUUCCUGCGCGGCUUCAAGUACGGAUUCGCAGCGUUUGUGGUGUCUCUGGCGGUGGAGUACACCUUCUUCCCUCCGGAGAAGAGCAAACACUGAGCGCGUGUGUGUAAGACUGUGUGUUCGCUGCGGGUUUGAUCUUCACACGAGCCUGUCCUGAGCUCCUAAUACAUUCAGAAAGUACAUUCAUCACUGAUUCCCUCUCUAGAAUAAAUUAAAUGAUCUGA